AUGGCCCUUAAAAUUUCUUUCCAAAGCAAUGGCUCGAAGUUUAUGGCGAAACCAUGUGAGGGAUUACAAGAUUUCCCAGGCAGGAAAGAGUGGGAAGAUGCAAAUCGAAUCUCUUUGAUGGAUAACGAGCUCUGUACUUUACCAGAAUUUCUACACUGUCACAAUCUCUCAACAUUAUUGCUCCAGAGGAAUAAUGGUUUGAUUGCCAUUCCUAAGUUCUUUUUUCAAUCUAUGCGUAGUCUUCGCGUUCUGGAUCUGCAUGGGACUGGUAUUGAAUCAUUACCUUCAUCUAUAUCCAAUUUGAUUUGUCUUAGAGGGCUCUAUUUAAAUUCUUGUACCCACUUGAUACAACUCCCGCCUAACAUAAGAGCGCUUGACCGGCUUGAGUUGCUUGAUAUUCGAGGCACUAAACUUAAUUUGCUCCAAAUUGGAAGUUUGAUAUGGUUGAAGUGCUUGCGAAUAUCGUCUAAUUUUUUCAUCGGAAUCUGCACUCAAAGGAAAUUGGGGAACAUUUCAAGCUUUGUCUCAUUGGAAGAAUUUUGUGUUGAUGAUGAUUUGUCUGUAGAAUGGCGGUACAAGGCUUCAGAGAUUGUUAUGGAGGUGGCUACCUUGCCUUUUAAAUUGACUUCCCUCAAGUUUUGCUUCCCUACGAUGCACUUCCUUCAGUUUUUUGUGCAAACAAGCCCAGCAUGGAAGAAGAAAUGCUUCUCAUUUCAAUUUUCUGUUGGUUACCAGGACUCAACUUACUCUUCCAUUCUGGAGUCUUCUUCUGAUUAUCCAAGCUACAAUUCUCUGAAAUUGGUCAAUGGUGAAGGCUGGCAUCCUGUAAUCAAACACGUACUUAAGGUGACAAAUGCGUUUGGAUUAAUAAACCACAAGGGAGUUUCAGCACUAUCAAAUUUUGGCACCAACAACAUGAAAAAUAUGCAUGUUUGUUUGGUUGACGGAUGCAAUGAAAUUAGAGUCAUCAUCAAUGGUUGCACAUCGGGUAAGAGGGUGCUAGAAAACUUAAAAAUUUUGUAUAUAAACAAUGUCCCAAAAUUGAGAAGCAUUUGGCAGGGGUUUGUUCCUGAUGGAAGUCUAGCACAGCUAACCACCCUAACCUUAACUAAAUGCCCAGAGUUGAAGAGGAUAUUUUCCAGUGGUAUGAUUCAACGGCUUCCUAGGCUGCAGCACUUGAGAGUUGAAGAAUGUUAUCAAAUUGAAGAAAUAAUAAUGGUGUCUGAGAAUCAUGGACUCAACGUCGAUGCGCUCCCCAGACUGAAGACUCUAGUACUCAUUGAUCUCCCAAAACUGAGAAGCAUUUGGGUUGAUGAUUCAUUGGAGUGGCCUUCCUUACAAAGGAUUAAGAUAUCUAUGUGUUACAUGUUGAAGAGAUUGCCUUUCAACAAUGCCAACGCAGCCAAAUUGAGAUUCAUAGAAGGGCAAGAGUUAUGGUGGAAAGCGCUAGUAUGGAAAGAUGAUGCCGUAAAACAAAGAUUGAAGUUCCUAUGCAUCCUCAACUAG